AUGGAGUUGGAAAGUUCGAAAUGCAGGAGAGUGGACCUCUCAACUGCGCGCAGCGUGGAGGGCGCCGCUGAGUGGCGCUUGCACAACAUAGGGGUCAUGAGGAGUUUCUACGCCACACCAGGAAGGCCGCGUGGCGGCUGUGAGUGCGAACACUUUCAUUUGCCAGGGUUUCCGGAAGUCCAGUUCACCUUCAUGGUGUACCCCCUCGGAAUGGGAACCUGCGGCACACCCGACACUCCUCCGGUAGCCUUGGCAUUACAUUUGACGGGCAUUGGCUGCGAGGGCGUUGGCUUCGAGGUGGACUUGUCGCUGUCUAUCCAGCGCAUGGAUGGAAGCGAGCUGACUAGUGCCCAGGAAUUGCGUGCAGCACCGCUGGCCGGAGCGGGGCGUGUGAGCUGCGAGAGUCUUUGGCCAUCGGGCGGCGAGGUCCUUGUGGCCGGCUGCCACGUCCUGGCCGCGCCGCCACCGCGAGGUGAUCCGGUGCUCCGUCUUUCUACGACCUGGCAGCCACCAGCCCGCGCUGAGCUGGACGAUGACAUUGAGCGCUUGGACGGAGACGACGACGAGUUUGACUAG